UAAACUUAUUCGAGCUUAGCCAUAAAACAGCAGAAACUACAAGUUGUUGCGUUCUCAACAAUUCAAACCCCUCGCAGUCCCAAAGAUGAAGACAUUCAGCAUUGCCGUUGCAGUCAUCAUUGCUCUUGUGUUGAGUUUAAUUCAGGAAAGCUAUGCCUCGUCUUUUUCUGAAGAGGACGAUGUAGCAGCAGCGAGAAGCGGUGCCGAUGUCGAACAUUUUGAGAUGACAGCAGACAAAUCAAAGAUGAAUGUUUCCAUUACACAGAAACUCCAGCACAAUGCUAGAGCCUGCCGCUGGUGCUGUAACUGCUGUCGUCAAGGUCCGAGAUGGUGUGGUCUCUGCUGCGAGUGGUGAUUCCUGGAAAUGAGUGCUGUCAUAAAUCAGUAUAAUCCCAAUAAACAUCAAUAUGCAAA